GACACUGCGAAAUAAUAGUUAGAACAGAGACAGGUAGUCUGGUGAGAUUUAUUUAUUUUCCCCCACCUCUCUAGUUUACCACUACGUUUUAAUGUAAUUUCGGUGCGCCCUGUGGGCGCGCCUCCGCGUUUCCUCUUCCCCUUCCCCCGUCCUCCUCCUCCCUCUCGCUGAUUGAGUAGGCUAAGUGAGAGGUUGAUAAAGCGUUUAUCGCUCCUCUUCACUGAUGCGCCGCUCUACAGGGGAUCCGCAGCUCGUUGAAAUGAAAAAAGGUGAAUUUUAACCUUUAAAUCCAGUUUUAUUCCGGCUGCAGAUUAUUGUCGCCAAAGCAGGGCAGAGGUGAAACAGCGCGUCAUGUUGCAGAGGGGAGCCCUGAGAUGAGUGGGUGAGAAAGAAAAAAAAGAAAAAAGAGUCGUGACCAGAAGCUCUGCCCCCCCACUGAGUCUGUCUACGUCUUACCUGUCGGAUAGGAUGGCGAACUCCCUGCAGCUUCGGUGACACCUGUCCGAGCGACACCUGGCAGACGGGCCGGCAGCAGCGCGCAUGCUCUGUUGUCAUGUGGGAAACCUCUUAAAACGCUCAGGAUGUCACCGGUUGAGAUCAAAUCUGUAAACAGGACAGCGCCCAUCAGGUCUCCUCCUUCUACGCAGCAGCUGGAUCCCCUUUAAUUAACCUGUGCGCUCUGAACCCCAAAGAUGCCCCGCUCCUUCCUGGUGAAGAGUAAGAAGGCGCACAGCUACCACCAACCACGGACCUUGGAGGAUGAUUACAGCAGGCUGGACAGCAUUCUGGCGCACAUCUGCUCAGAUGCAGAUAAGAUACCGGAGGAGGACGCAGACCUCCCGGCGGACAGGUACGGCCUCUCUCCGGCCUCCCAUCAGGGGGAUCCCGCUGACUUCUCCCCCAGAUCUCCGCUGAGCAGCGCCGAUAGUCUGUGCGCUCGUUCCCCGGACUAUGAGGACUUCUGGCGGCCUCCGUCCCCAUCCGCGUCCCCUGCUGACUCAGACAAAUCGCUGUCUCCUCUGGAUGAAACGCAGAGCUUCACUGUUCCUUUCCGGCCCUAUGCUUGGAGCAGCUACUCUGGACUGGAGCUGGAGCUCCACGGGCCCCUGACGCAGCGGAGCGUCCAUCCGGGCCUGGAGGUGGACACAAGCUCCGCAGUCAUGGCGCUUUACGCAGAGCGGAGCGGCCACCCGGCCGUGUUUGCAGAGCGCGCUCUGGCAGAGGAGCCUUACGGGGACUACAGGAGGAUGCUGUUCCCUGAGGCGGGCCUGCACAGGAAGGCGCCCGAUGGGAAGGCCUCGCCGGGCCUUCUCUGUCCGAACCUCAUCCUGAACGGCGCUUACAAGUGUGUCAAGUGCGGUAAGGUGUUUUCCACCCCCCACGGUCUGGAGGUCCACGUCCGCAGGUCUCACAGCGGAACCAGGCCUUACGCAUGCGACAUCUGCGGCAAAACGUUUGGCCACGCAGUGAGUCUGGAGCAGCACAAAGCGGUGCACUCUCAGGAAAGAAGCUUCGACUGCAAAAUUUGCGGCAAAAGUUUUAAGCGCUCCUCCACGCUGUCCACGCAUCUGCUCAUCCACUCGGACACGCGGCCCUAUCCGUGUCAGUACUGCGGGAAGAGGUUCCACCAAAAGUCCGACAUGAAGAAGCACACCUUCAUCCACACAGGUGAGAAACCACACAAAUGCCAGGUUUGCGGGAAGGCGUUCAGCCAGAGCUCCAACCUGAUCACGCACAGCAGGAAACACACCGGAUAUAAGCCGUUCGGCUGCGACCUGUGCGGGAAAGGCUUCCAGAGGAAGGUGGACCUGAGGAGACACAAGGAGACGCAGCAUGGACUGAAAUGAGACGGAGGACAACUGUACGCUGAAGGAGACACACCUGGACAAUAACCGAGGAGAAGAAAAACAUUUUUCUUCUUUUUUUUUUUUUUCUUUUUGGAUCAGGACACUAAUUUGAUCCAUUUGAAGUCUCAUUGACGCAUUUUAUUAUUUUUGGGAUUAUAAUUAUAAUAAUUUCUAUUAUUUAUGGCGGCAGUUAAAACAAAGACAUA